CGCCGAGGAGCCUAUACAGGCUGUGUGCUGUGUAGAUCGCGGGAUCACCGGAGACCCGGAUGGUGUAUGUAGGACCGUUUCCGGGCGCAGGGCUGCAUGAUAGCGCGGUUUCAGUUAGACACAUUUUUAAGAGUUUUACUGUUAAACUGCUGAGUAAAGAUGUCCCGCGGGUCCAGCGCUGGGUUUGAUCGACACAUUACUAUAUUCUCUCCAGAGGGAAGACUCUAUCAAGUAGAAUAUGCAUUUAAGGCCAUUAACCAAGGUGGUCUCACAUCAGUCGCUGUACGGGGUAAAGACUGUGCAGUUGUGGUCACGCAAAAAAAAGUUCCAGACAAGCUUCUGGAUUCUUCAACGGUCACUCAUCUGUUCAGAAUAACAGAAAGCAUUGGCUGUGUAAUGUCGGGGAUGACAGCUGACAGCAGGUCCCAGGUGCAGAGAGCACGCUAUGAAGCAGCUAACUGGCAGUAUAAGUAUGGUUUUGAGAUUCCAGUCGACAUGCUUUGUAAGAGAAUUGCUGACAUCUCUCAAGUUUACACACAGAAUGCAGAAAUGAGGCCACUUGGCUGCUGCAUGAUUGUGAUUGGUUUGGAUGAAGAAUAUGGACCCCAGGUGUAUAAGUGCGACCCAGCAGGCUAUUACUGCGGCUUCAAGGCCACUGCAGCUGGGGUCAAACAGACUGAAGCCAUCAGCUUCCUGGAGAAGAAAGUGAAGAAAAAACAUGAUUGGACCUUUGAGCAAACAAUUGAGACGGCCAUCAGCUGUCUGUCUACGGUGCUUUCCAUUGAUUUCAAGCCAUCUGAGCUGGAAGUGGGCAUUAUUACAGCAGAUGACCCCAAAUUCAGGAUUCUCACCGAGUCAGAAGUGGACACACACUUGGUGUCUCUGUCUGAGCGAGACUGAGCUCCUGUAAAGCUUUAGAUGUGUAGGUUCAUGUUCUAGAGUGAUGCAAACUGUGUUCCCGUGUAGAUUUCCCCCCUGUUGAAUUAAAGAUGGUUUUGGAGAAAAAAAAA